UUGGAUGUGUCGUCCGGCUGCAGCGGUGUUUGCGGUGCUGUCCGCCUGCCUCUGGUACGGUCCGCCUCUGUGCGCGGCCGGGAGAAGCCAGAACCUCAAUUACCGGCCGGUCAUCGGUGUGUUGGCACAGGAAAAUCUCCCAGGUGACCAGUUUGCACGUGGCUCCUCUUACAUCGCCGCCUCAUACGUCAAAUACCUGGAGGGGUCUGGGGCCAGGGUUGUUCCCAUCAGAAUCAAUCGCACAGAAGAAGAAUAUGCAAAGAUAUUCAACUCAAUAAAUGGGUUGCUGCUGCCGGGAGGAGAUGUAGACAUUCAGACAUCCCAGUUCAGUCGAGCCGCAAAGAUCUUUUAUAACCUCGCUCUGAAGGCCAACGAUGCUGGAGACUACUUUCCUAUCUGGGGAACUUGUCAGGGUUUCCAGCAGCUGACUGUCCUCACAGCCAAUAAAAACCUGCUGACCCUCACUGAUACCAAGGCUGUGGCUCUACCUCUCACUCUCACACCAGCGGCCCAAUCCAGCCGUUUGUUCCGAGGGUUUCCGAAGGAUCUGCUGCAGUCUCUGGCUGAGGAAAACAUCACUUCCAACUUCCACAGCUGGAGUCUGUCUAUGCAGAACUACAGUCGGACUAACAAGCUGAAGAGGUUUUACAAGAUCCUAUCCACCAACAAUGAUGGAAAGAAAGAGUUCAUCUCCACCAUGGAAGCCUACCGUUACCCAUUUUACGCCGUGCAGUGGCAUCCGGAGAAAAGCCCCUUUGAGUGGAUAGAUAAGCCUGGCAUGGUUCACUCCAGCUCUGCUGUAAGAGCCAGCUUCUACACUGCCAGCUUCUUUGUUUCUGAAGCCAUGAAGAACCACCAUCGUUUCUCCAGUCCCGUGGAAGAAGAGAGGGCUCUCAUCUACAACUUCUCUCCUGUCUUCAGAGGCAUCCAUGCGGUCUUUGUGCAGAACUAUUACUUUGAUUGAUGCACAGUAUACUGAAGACAAAACAGAACGUGGACUCAAUCUAGUCUUAACGUGUCAUCGGUAGGCCCAAGAUCAACACCAAGCUUGACAGAGUCACUUUCAGUAGCCUUGAAUCAAGUCAAUAAUUAGCAGCUUAGCUUAGCUCAUUUGCACAGUAA